GAGCGCUGGUAUCGCUCAAUGCCUGGGUUGGAAUUCAGGUCAGCCGACUGCGAUUAAACCGGAUUCUCAAGUGCAGUGCGUUUUGAUUGACGAACAAAAAUCAUGACUGAACUUAACUCUGCUCCAUUUCAGCGAUGCGCAGUGCUAUUUAGCACGGCGAUUGGCCGAGUGCUGCCGUGUAGCCUUAGUUGUGUUGUGCAUCAGAGGUCAACCAAAGUCAUCCUGUGACGUCCACUCACGCGGCUCCGUGCGAGUUGGUGGGUGGCAUUUCACGCCGAGCUGCAUUUGACUUUCGAUCGCCGAACGAGCUGAUUACAAGGUCACACUCAUUACACACCAAGUGCUUGCCACAGGUGAGCCAUUAUACCUUGCUGAUCUCGUCAAUGAGCACAAGCCAUCACGUGAACUCCGGUCAUCCUCGCAGCGGCAUUUGUCUGGCCAUAGAACAAAGACGUUCACCGCUUAUCCGCGCUUUCAGAUGAGCUUCUGCGGCCGUCUGGAACGCUCUUCCGAUAUUAGGAAGCCACGGGAGCUAUGCACUUUUAAAUCAUCGCGAUUGAAAAGGAAUUUAUUUAGAAAUUGCUUUUUGUGUUCAGUUUGCUGUCCUUCCCACGCAUUUUCGAUUAGCACAGUUGGCUACGUACGGUGCGAAAGAAGUGAAUAAUACAUUGUUCUGUGAGGGUAGCGAGUAUUUUGUUCAUCCCAUGACACGACACUGAUGGCGCAAUCGGUAUAGAAUCCAGAAGUAACAAUACAGAAACUCUGGAACACAUUUACAUUUCUAACAUGCGCAUGACACGCAAUCUAAUGAAGCGUGGAGAGGCGCGGGCUUGGAGUUAUCCUGAGACACGACGAGGAAGCACACGGAUCAAAGGACGUGCGCAUUUGAGACAUCAUAUUGGCUGUUAAUAAAAAGAGGGCCCUAUUCCUUCAACCUUAUCUUUCUCUUUUCUGUGCUUCCCCUCUCCCCAUUUUAAUCGUCUUCCCGUCGUUUCCUCGGUCAUAACGCGGGGCUCUUAAUUGUUGCGUGUGCUUGUUUGUGAUGGUCAUCUGGGAUGCCGUGCACAUACCCUGGUCCCGCGCUUCUCUGUACCCUGCUGUUUUUGAAAAGACGAAUUUUAAACGAGAGAGGUGGGCUUUGGGCAGUGAAAACGUCGCUCGAAACCAAAGGGAGGGAACCCGCCCGGAGAGGACAUCCACCGGUAAAUAUGAUGCAGGAGGCACGUGUAUCGUCAAAUCUCGAGACCGUGAGAGAUAGCAGCGGCGCGGGGAAGCAGUGAGUAACGUUCAUGGGGUGCUUCAGAAAAUACGGCUUCUCACCCUUUUGUACAUCUACAAAGGCCUGCGGGGGAGAAUAAUAUCUGUUACGUAAGUUGUUACUUCUUGCCUUGAGAGGUUGUUGAGUUCGCAUGAGAGGCGUCACAUGGGUAGCGAACAGAAGCCAAGGUAUGCGGAAAUAUCUCAUGCACUGACGCUCCUCCUUUUCGUGAAUAUACAAUUGAGCACGCAGAGUGUAUAAGGCAGCGCUGCGAUGUCUUGGAACACAAGGACGACCACAAUUUGAAACCGCAGCGAGCAAAGCAAGUGGGCUUUAAGAUAUUUACUUUGAUGUACGUUACACCACGGUCACUUCUAAACGCUCCUCGACUCUGAUUGCUUCAAGGAUUGCAAGGCGAGACCUCUUUUUCCCAGUAGGUGUUGCUGGAUUUAUAUGAUCUGUUGAGUUCCGCAAGUUGUAAUGGUUACCUCUCUGAUAUAUUUUUUUCAAUGUGGACAUUUGUGAAUGCCUUAUACUCUGGACUGCAGUAGAGAACAACGGGAACUGAACUUCAACCGCCAAAAAAGGUAGACUGACAUCGAGCAGGGGCCCUAAACACCGAGGAUCAUGGAACAGUUGCUGAAGUAUGCCGUUGUCGUAUUCUGCACGGCCGGACCGUGGGCUGGUGUAGGCAUAAGUGGGACCAAAGCAAAAAAUUGUUGCUGCAGAGACAAUGGAGACUACUCACAAUGUGACCUCGCGGCCGUGCCUCGGGCACUGCCGGCCACCGUCACCGUCCUUGACUUGUCUCACAAUCGGAUCGGUGCGAUUCGACUCGGAGAUUUCUCCAGCACUCCCAAGCUCGAGGUUCUCAUCCUGGCUUUCAACCGAAUUCGCACGAUCGAAGCCGGUGCACUGAGAGAUGUUCCCUUGGUCCGCUACCUGGACCUUUACCAGAACGAGCUGCCUGCAGUACCUGAGGAGGCUCUGAUUGACCUUCCUAACCUGCAGACCCUCAACAUCUCCAUGAACAACUACACCUCCUUUGCCCUCGGCGGAGCCUUCUCCAGAAUGAGUCAGCUGCAGUCACUCUCCAUCGGCACAUCCCACACGUCAGAGUUGCACGCUUCCGAUUUACAAGCACUAUCAAGUAUUCCCCUGAAGCAUUUGUGGCUGAACACUGGGUCCCCGCUGAAAUCCUACGAGCAAGGAGCUCUCGCCAACUUGGCGCACCUCGAGAAGCUUUUUACAAACGUUUCAAUUGACGACGAUCUGUCCAUUUUGUCGAAAAUGUUGCUCGACCUAGGGACGACCCGAAUUUCGGAAAUUACAAUAAUGAACAUAUUGAUCAACCAAGUACAUAACCAGAGCAUUGAUUUAUUCAGUGGCCUCGCGUAUUGUCCAUUGUUGAAAAAUGUCAUGCUGAUCAGUGCGAAUUUGACCAAUUUAGAUAUAGUAAGCUUAUUAAAAAAUAUCUACCUGUCUGAAGUGACAUCAGUUACGCUGACAAAUUCAUCGUACACCGACUUUGACAAUGUGGUUUUUCCGAAUUUGCCCACUGAAAGGAAAGCGGCCUUGGAAACCGUUAUCAUAGAUGGGAUUUUUCACAUGCCCAUGACGUACCCCCUAUUUUACAUACCGUUUUCGCUUUUCCCCAACUUUUCAAAAUUCAAGUUAUCCAACACAGGUUUAAACAAAGUCGAUUGCUUGUUCAUGACGUUCCCCGGUAAAAUCUUAGACUUCUCUAACAAUCUUCUUGUGGAAGAUGGAAUGUGGCUGCCUAAAUGCCCCCAGAAAGACAAUUUAAUAAAUACUACUCAUUUAAUCAUCAGCCACAACCGAUUCUCUGACCUCAACACGAUAGCUCAAAAAGUUGUGGUCAUGCCCAAUAUCAAGUCCUUAGACCUCAGUUACAACAGCAUCAAUCACAUCCAGGAGUGCUCCGCAUGGCCAUCAACUCUCGAGACGCUGAUCCUCCGCAACAACGACAUCAGCAAGGAUUCCAAAAUCUGCAUUUCAGAAUAUUUACAAGUGCUGGAUCUCUCCUACACCAGACUCGAAACGUUCACUCAGAACAUCCUCAACGAUGGAAAAUCCCUGAGGGAGCUCUACCUCAGUGGCAAUAACAUCAAGUACAUUUUACCCGAGCUGUACUCCCCGUCGCUGCAGGUUCUAUAUGUGGACAAUAAUGGCGUGGGAAUCAUCGGUGAAAACACCUUCAGGGGCCUUGAAAACAUCAAAACCCUCUACCUGGGAAACAAUCCUUAUUACUGCUUCUGCGAUCUCUACUGGUUCCAGCAGACAUUUGAAAAACAACUUCUGAAGAACUGGCCGAAUGAAUACAGGUGCAGCUACCCCAACGAGCUGUCAAACAGAACUCUGUCCGACUUAAACCUGAGCAUUAUAACCUGUGACAAGAGGAUCAUCAUCUCCAUGAGCGUUGGAAUCACAGCCUUCAUCAUAAUCCUCAUACUGGGUCUCGGGUAUUACUUUGACGCCAUUUGGUACAUACGCAUGGGCACGGUGUGGAUAUCGGCUAAGAGGCGCAGAAUGCAACAGGGUGCGGGAGGACCGUUCCAGUACCACGCGUUCAUCUCCUACAGCCAGCUGGACUCGGAUUGGGUGGAGAACACCCUGGUGCCCACCUUAGAGAGCUCCAACCCCGACCUCAAGCUGUGCAUCCACGAGCGAGACUUCACGCCCGGAGAGUGGAUCGUGGACAACAUCAUCCAGUGCAUCGAGCAUUCCAACAAGACCCUGUUCAUCCUCUCGCGGAACUUUGUCAACAGCGAGUGGUGCCACUACGAGCUCUACUUUGCGCAGCAUCGGGUUCUGGAGCAGCGGCAGGACUCGCUGGUGCUGCUGCUGCUGGAGCCGCUGCCCAGGAAUUCCGUGCCGAGCAAGUUCUGCCGGCUUCGGAAGCUGCUCAACAGGAAGACUUACCUGGAGUGGCCAGCCGAGGAGGGCAAGCGGUCAAUGUUCUGGGCCAGCCUCCGGGCUGUUCUGCAGUCGGACCAUGAACCCAGCAAUCCGAACUCCAACCAUAGGUCAAUCUCAACCUGUAACUCUAACCCAAUCCGUAACCCUUAUGUUUAAAAAAUGAUAUUAUCUCCAAUGUGGAUUAUUUUUUUUACAAUUUGAGCUUUAACAAUGUAAAUGAAAUACAGUACGUGUCAAUGUCCUUUUAUACUAAAGAUAUUUGGAUUUAAUGGAUGGCAUCUAAACGCAACCACAUUUCACGAUGCUGUACAGAAAGAGUGAGCAAAAUGUGUACAUUGGGGCAAGCAGUCAUAGGCAGAACAGAGCAGGCCUUGAAAUAUCUACCUUUAAAUAUGUUACAUCAUACUUUAAUUGUACGAUCCAAAUUCCUAAUUUAAAGUCAGAUGAAGGAGAAAAAUAUUUGUUUUAUAUUCAUGACAUGCGUCUAUAUGAUGUUUUGUUAUUUAAAAUAUAAAUACAAUAGAAGUGUUACUCCACACUAUCCCAUCAUUGACAUGCAAACAUUUGCACGCUAUCUGGCAAAUACAAUACCGUACGGUAUACGGUCUUGUGUAGAAACAGUCGAGAUGGUGAAAUCACCGAGGAAGUCCUCAGGAUUUAUAGUAUCGUGCCUACAUACUUAUUUUAUGGUGCUGCUGCUGAUGCUGCAUUGGUAUUGGUGUGCAACUAGCACAUUAAACGCCUCCGUCGACAGCCCUGCCUUCAAAGAAAAUAAGUAAUAUUAAAAAAAUACUUUUUUUAAAACAAUGAAAUGUACCGUACUCGUAAUGGCAGACCUCCACGACUCCACGAAGUGGCCGCAAAGCUUGCCACAACGUAAGGGGACUGUGGUGAUUUACAGCCAACGUGAGUUGAGCGUGGACAAUUAGACCCAAGCCGAAACAUAACAAAAAAAUUAA